GAGAGAGAGAGAGAGAGAGAGAGAGAGAAAAUCCCAAUACAAGUCUGGAGAUGUUUGUCUGAGACUCUGUAUAGAUCUUUUGACUGAACCAUAUAGAAGACAAAAGAAAAGAACAAAAGAGACAGACAGAGAGAGAGAGAGAGAGAGAGAGAGAGAGAGAGAGAGAGAGAGAGAGAGAUCUCAGUCAUGAAGCCUUGUACAUGGUUCGGUUCUCUGACGUUCCUGCUCUACUUUUGUCCCAUAUCUGCUGCUAAUAGGCAAAGCAGACAGGUAUCUGUGGGAAGCCAACAGGGGGUGUGUCGCUAUGGUAACCGGCUGGAAUGCUGUUAUGGGUGGAAGAAAAAUACAAAAGGCCAGUGUGAAGCCCAGUGUGAAUUCGGAUGUAAACACGGACAGUGCGUAGGGCCGAAUAAGUGCACAUGCUUUCCGGGAUACACCGGCAAAACAUGCAGUCAAGAUUUAAAUGAAUGUGGGUUGAAGCCUCGUCCUUGUGAGCAUCGCUGCAUGAACACGUUCGGUAGCUACAUGUGCUAUUGCCUGAAUGGGUACAUGCUAAUGCCUGAUGGCUCCUGUUCCAACUCGAGGACGUGUUCUCUGGCUCACUGUCAGUACGGCUGCGAGGAGGUUCAGGGGGAAAUUCGGUGCCUUUGUCCAUCCACUGGUUUACAACUCAGUUCAGAUGGAAAAACCUGCGUUGAUAUUGAUGAGUGUGUAACAGGACAGCACCAGUGUCCGUACAGCCGAGAGUGUGUCAACACCUUUGGGAGCUACUACUGCAAGUGCAGAGCGGGCUACGAUCUAAAAUACAUCAACGGGAAAUAUGACUGUAUAGAUACGGACGAGUGUCUUGUCAACACUCACAAAUGCAGCCGACAAGCAGAGUGUAUUAACACUGAGGGAUCAUACAAGUGCAAAUGCAGACACGGCUUCCGUGGCAGCGGGUUCGACUGUUCAGUAAAGCCUUUUUAUCAAAGCAGCUCCUGGGACGCUGAUAAAGGCAGUGCAGACGAACUUCAUAACGCAAUCCCAGAAUUCCAGUCAAAGACACGGAUUCUUGGAGGGAAACUGGACAACACCAUCCCAGAGCCCAGAGUGACCACAUCACCCAAACUGCACCUACAGCCAUUUGAUUACGAUGGAGACAUUUACAUUGGGCCUGGAGAGGAAGUAACAUCACUGAUACCAACCAAAGAGGAGGAGGAGGAGGAGGAGGAGGAGGAGGGAAAUGGGGUUGAUACUGAGAGGCUGAAUCCUCGAGGAGAUGUGUUCUUUUCUGACGUUGUGUACAGCCGAGGAACAGAAUUUAAGGAAAUUAAUGCAGCUCCUCUACAGGAAAGAUUCCUCACUGACUGUCAUUUUGAUUCGGGGGAAUGUGAAUGGGUCCAGGAGAAGGAUGACGACAUGGACUGGACCGUCCAUUAUCAUGAAAAUGGACUGCAGUACUACAUGGCGUUUAGUGGAAUUGUGGGUAAGUGGAGGCAGCAGGCCAGGCUGAAGCUGCUCCUCAGUGAUGCGGUUCGUCAGCAGGCUUUCUGUGUGAGAUUCAGCUACAGGUUUGAGGGACUGCACACAGGAACGCUGCGUGUGAUGACAGAAAGUAGGAACGUCCUGUGGGAGAGGAGACAAGGCCAGGACGAUGGCUGGAACAUGCAGAACGUCGAUGUGACCUGGAGCGACAGAGCUCCUGAAUCGCUUGUGUUUGAGGGAACGCUGGGAAAGCUGGAGCGAGGAGAAAUUGGGCUGGAUAAUGUGGUGCUGAUGUCAGGAAGCUGCAGUGAUGCUGAGGAGAAACUGAUUUAGAGAAACGUUUGAUCUCUGAUGUCAUACUGGAUAAAAUGUUCAUAAAGGAAAUAAAAGAUAUUUGAUGAAA